AUGGGGAGUCCAGGGGAAUUCCGAGCGGGUGGGGCCAAGAGAGAUCCUACUGGCACUCUCCAUGGUUCAAGCUGCGGCCGUGUGACAGGAAGUGACAUUGAGAUUUAUGCGUAUCAGCUCGAGGCAGCAGUCGCAGCGUUGACUGCAUUUCGGAUGACACGACAGAUCCAAAUGAUGACAGAGCUCAUGCAUCAACAUAUCUCCCUGCUUAGACAUCACUGCGGCACGUGCAACAUAGGCAGAAUCAGCAGCUGCAGCAGCAGAGACAGUGGCGGCUGUGUCCCACUCUCUGACUUCACGCCAGACAGCGUCCCUCUACUCUGCCCUCCACCUCCCUCCUUGCAUCCAACACCAGUCACAGUAGCUGCAGGCACAGGAGCAGCUGCAGGUGCUGCCCAUACAACAGACAAGAGGGCUAGCGAUUAUUCAUGGCUUUUUCCCUCCGUCGGUGCUGAGAGUCCACUCGAACUAGGGGCGCCGCCGCCGCAUAGAUCUCUGUGUAAACGGGCCGUAAACAGAGGGCCGCUUGAAGUGGAGCUGCGUGCUGCAGUUGCUGGGGACCCUGGGAGCCUCCAGUGGCUGCAUGCGCUGAGCCGUAUUGCAACCGACGAGCAGGCAUCCCAGACCAUACUUGAUAUAGCCGCGGCUGAUCCGGGCUUCCCAGCUGGAGGAGUGCAGCGGCAGGUUCUCCUUGCUCUCUGCAGCCUCGCUGUAGACAGCUCAAGAAUCCACGACACACUUAAUGCUGUCUUCGGACCCCCUGACCAAUCGGCUGUCACAGAAGAGCAGCGAAUAGGCAAGAUAAUCAAAAAAAUGACUGAAGCAGGUGCCCUUCAGGAGCAACAGGCCACAGAAGCAGGUAUGAGAGAAGGGACAACGUCUACGUUUGCAACUGCAGCAAGUGAGCGGCAGCAGGGCGCGGCGGAGAAGCAGAAGCAGCAGGUGCUGCAGUUUCCGCUGCUGCAGAAACAAACUUUGUUUGCUGGCGCUGAGGCAUGGUCUUUUCUGUGGCACCUUGUGGGCCUAGCCUACCAGCGGGGUCUUUCGAAGCGGCGCUUCCCGUUAGUGCGUCCUGCGGUUGUUGCUUCUUCUGAUGCUGCUUCUGUCCUUUGGGUGAAAUGGUGUGGAUUCUUGGCUGCAGCAGCAGACAGCCACCUGCAGCGUGAUUCAGCAGUGGCCGCCGAAAGCACUUUAGAGAGUUGGUUUCGCAUUCGUAGCCAUAUCAAGCACCCAGCUACUUUUUAUGCGAGUGCGGCUGCUGCCUUCUGCUCAGUGUGCAACGACACGUCCUUCUUCUUGUUGGUGCCUCCGCGCCAAAGUCCCACACAGUUUCUGGAUGCAGCAUUGAACCCCAACCGUGUGGGGCGCAUCAUGCGUCGCUUUUGCUGUUUGCUGCUCCUGCAGCAGCAGCGGGCUGCUACUCGUGUGCAGCAGCAGCUGGAGGAGCAGCUAGAGGAAGUGGAGACACAGCUGAAGCUGCUGCAACAGCAACUGCAGAGCGGGCCAGUGGACGCUCUGCAGUUGAGUAGAGGGUUGUGGCUGGAGAAGCAGCAUCGUGACCUCAAGCAGCAACAGCGCCAGCAGCAGCAGUGGCUGCGCAUUAUGCGUGCUCAGCAACAAAGACGCUGGCAGUUGCUGCAGAACGAAUUGCUCUGGAGAAGCGGCUCUCGGCUGUUCAGCCACACAAUGCGAGUCAUAGGUACAAGACCUUAA